GCAGAUGUCGAGCAAGAAGAAUCGAGUGAAAAAUGGAAGGAAGAGCGGAAUCGUCCGAUCCGACUCGGAUAAUGGUGGGGGUGAACGAGUCGUCGAUAAAAGGGUACCCCCAUGCGUCAAUUAGCAGCCGCGGCGCAUUUGAAUGGACGGUUGAGAAGAUCAUCCGCACCAACACCUCCGGUUUCAAGCUCCUCUUCCUGCACGUCCAAGUCCCCGACGAAGAUGGAUUUGAUGACAUGGAUAGCAUUUUUGCAUCACCUGAGGACUUCCGAGAGAUGCAACGAAGGGACAAAAUAAGAGGAAUUCACUUGCUGGAGUACUUUGUCGGACGUUGUCAUCAAAUUGGGGUUCCCUGUGAAGCAUGGAUCAAGAAAGGCGACCCCAAGGAAGUUAUCUGCAGUGAGGUGAAGAGAGUCCGACCUGAUCUUUUGGUUGUUGGAAAUCGUGGCCUUGGCCCGUUCCAAAGGGUAUUUGUUGGGACCGUGAGUGAAUUCUGUGUGAAGCAUGUGGAUUGCCCUGUGAUCACGAUCAAGCGCAAGGCAGAGGAGGCCCCAGAGGAUCCUGUUGAUGAUUGACCCCAAACCAAUAUUGCCCGCUUGGGUUUCAUUGGUUCUCAAAUAUAUUGUAGCCAAGCCAUUUGCUUAAAUAUCCGAAAAGCACAUGCAUGGACUUUGUAUGAAAUCCAGGAGACAAAAAACCAAGACCCCCCCUCUGAUGUAUGAUGUAAGGGAGCUCGUGUGGAUAAAAAGAAACAGUAUAGUAAAUAAUAUUCGUUUUUCCCUCUC